UUCCUCCCCCCGUAAGGAAUCGUAUUCGCCUACGCGUUUCGCACCGCACCGCACCGCACCGCAUCGUGUUCUCUUCCAAAUUCCCAACUCCCCGCACGCCACCGUUCGUCGUCGCAGGCACCCAAUCCCAUCCCGCCUUCCUCCCGCCCGGAUCCCGCGAUGAAGAUCACGGCGCUGCUGGUGCUCAAAUCUCCCGGCGAUUCGUCCUCCUCCUCGUCUUCGGGAGGCGGCGAGCAGCAGGCGGUGGUGCUGGCCAACGCGUCCGACGUCAGCCACUUCGGCUACUUCCAGCGCCCCGCCGCCCGCGAGUUCAUCCUCUUCGUCGCCCGCACCGUCGCCCUCCGCACCCCCGCCGGCCGACGCCAGUCCGUCCAGCACGAAGAGUACAAGGUGCAUUGCUACAACCAGAAUGGCCUCUGCGCCAUCGCCUUCACCGACGACCAUUACCCCGUCAGGAGCGCUUUCUCCAUCCUCAAUAUGGUGCUGGAAGAAUACCAGAAGGCUUUUGGAGAGUCAUGGAGGACAGCCAAAGCUGAUGCAACCCAACCUUGGCAAUAUCUGAAUGAUGCCCUAACAAAAUACCAGGAUCCUGCAGAGGCUGACAAGUUGUUAAAAAUUCAGAGGGACCUGGAUGAAACCAAGAUCAUUCUGCAUAAAACCAUUGAUAGCGUGCUUGCUAGAGGCGAAAGGUUGGAUAGCCUAGUGGAGAAGAGUUCGGAUCUAAGCGCUGCUUCACAGAUGUUCUAUAAGCAGGCCAAGAAAACCAACUCUUGUUGUACAAUCCUGUAAGGAAGUUGUACAUCCCAAGGCAGUGGUGUGUUAUUUAGUGGUGCGAAACGAUAUAUGUUGCCACUUUUCUUUGUUCUUAUCUCUGACGAAUGGCAUAAGCAUCACGUUCUUGUCCGAAGUGUUUAACGAAGUUGUGCAAACUUAUUAGUAAACAAGUUGGCGCACAUUUGUGAUUCUCUGUAAGUAACAUAAACGUGGCCAAGCUGUUAUUGUUAUUGUUACGGGAAGUGUCGUUUGCCUUUUUGUGUUAAAGAUGUUAUGUGAUUA